GAGUGUACAGACAAAAAGGAAGAGAUAAAGUGAUCAUCUGAACUUUGCACUUUUAGCUGACAAUUUCUCUGUAUGUGGUGGGCGGUAAUUCACUUAACUAACUUAUUCAAAGUGGUGGUUAGACCCAGAAAGAGGGACAAGUGCAGGGGCAGAAGCUCCAUCUUUCCAGAGAGUCAGCAAGAAGAGCUCCCAGACGGCAGAGAACAAUGGGUCUCUUGCCUCUGCUGGUUCUAGGGUUGAUUUGGACCCUCCUGGCGGCCCCUGUGAUUCAACAAAGUCGACUCCACACACAGGAGAACUUUGAUUUGGAGCAGUUCAUGGGGAGAUGGUAUGAAGUGGCGGUGGUAUCUACCUGCCCUCACUACAUGCAGCGCAAGAAGGAAAACCCUGUCAUUGUCACACUAGAUUUGAAAUAUGUCCUCUCUCAGGGAAACUUUACCAUGACAUCCUCUUCCUUUAGGAAUGGCUUAUGUAAGGAGACCUCCACAGAUUAUCAUUUAACCAACACUUCAGGACAGUUCUUCCAUCAUGUUACAAGGUUUGGAGCAGAUGUUGAUACCUUUGUAGUCCAAUUCACCAAUGAACAUGCCAUGCUACUGCAGCUGGGCACAGAGAAACCAUCAGGAAUCAAAACCACCACAGGAAAGCUUUAUAGUCGGACUAUGACUGCAAAUCCUUCUGUACUGGACCAAUUUAAAGCAGUGGUCAAACAAUAUGGAAUGAGCGAAGAUGGCGUCAUCAUCAACCAACCCAAAGGUGAGUGUGUUCCAGGUAAACUGGUGAAGGAGUCUCCAACUCAGCUUGCGGCUGUUUCUCACAGUGACGCCUGAAGCAACACAUCUUUCCAUGGUUUGAGUCACCAAUGGCAGGGGCCCUGUUUGUCUACAUUUCAGGAGGUCAGAAAGAAACAUGCAGCCAACUUUGAUUCCUGCAGAAAAGAAGUACAACUUGUUUUAGGUCCCUUUCCCGAACACAUUUUCCAUGCAGAGAUAAAACAUGAGAUUCUUAUUUUCUCUACUUGCUAAGAGAAAAUUAAAUUACAAAUGUGGAUUUCCAGUUAAUUAGUUCAUUUCUUUGCAUAAAGAAAUACAAUGAUUUAGUCGCUGAAAGAAAGACAGCUCAACUUUAGUAGUUUCUGUGUUUGUUGGGUUGAUAAUUAACAGUUCUGUGUUUGGACUGUGUUUCUGUACUGAAAUACAAACACACAGUUCUGUCUGUUUACUUCUUAGUGAAAUUUAAUGUGCAAUUAAUGUUUUCAAGCAAUGUAUUAUAUCACGGUCUUAUUUUACAAGCUACAACUUGAUAUCCAAAUGCUCUCAAUGUUUUUCAAGUUUUUUCUUCAUAAUUUCAGUUACUAAAAAAUUAUAAUUAUCUGGUUAUUCUCAUUUUUAUCCAAACUACCCUAAACUUAGUGUUUUCUUUAUUAUUUUGUUAUGCUUUAAUUUUAUUUUCUUCUUAUUGGUUCAGCUUGUGUGAUCCUCCUCUUCUUGUAAUAUUAUUUUUCCAGCACUUGUUUGCUCUGUGUUUGUUCUAUUAAAUAAAACAGAGUUGUCUUGUCUUCAUAA